AUGGCGAAUAUUGUGCUCAAUCAAACUUUUUCUUAUGAACUAAAAAUUGCCCGUUUUGACAUUCCCCCCUCAGCCGAGUAUCCCAUCUUUAUUAUUGGCAUGUUGAUAUACCUCUUCUCCAUUGUCUCUAAUCUGACCAUCUUGCUGCUGAUUGCUACACAGAAGAGUCUCCACAAACCCAUGUUCUACAUCCUCUUCAGUCUGCCACUGAAUGACCUGAUUGGGAUAACUGCAAUGUUUCCACGUAUGCUCAUUGAUAUCGUGACCAAGGAAAACACUGUGUACUACCCGACCUGUGUUCUACAAGGGUUCCUGCUCCAUAUGUUUGGCGGUGGCACACUUUUUGUAUUGGCAGCGAUGUCAUUUGACCGGUAUCUUGCCAUCUGCAAGCCACUGAGAUACCAUGCCAUCAUGAGUCCUUUAACAGUGGCAGGGUUGUUGGCGUUGGCAUGGGGCAUGGACUUUGCCAUAGUUUUGGUCCUUUUUCUCCUUCAGGCCAGAGUGCGUAGAUGCAGGAGUUUUAUAUACAAUGUUUACUGUAGCAAUUUCUCCCUGCUCAAUCUGUCCUGUGGAGAGGAUAUUACAGUCAAUAAUAUCUAUGGCUUGUUUGUCACAGCCUACAUGCAGAUCAUCACAAUAGGAGUACAGUUAUUCUCGUACGGUCAAAUCCUGCUAACGUGCGUUUUUAACAAGCAAUCUAAUGCCAAGGCAAAAGCUUUAAACACCUGCCUCGCACAGAUAAUAGUAUUUCUUAUUUAUGAGUUCAUUGCUAUGUUUACAAUCCUGUCAAACCGUUUUCCAGAUGUACCCGCAAAUGCACGAAGGGCCGUGGGCAUUUUGAUAUAUUGUGUUGUGCCCGUUGUCAACCCCAUUAUUUAUGGAAUGAAAACUAAAGAUAUAAGAGUGGCAUUCUUGCAUGUCGUCAGGAAAAAUAAAUCCUCAUUGACAUAA